AUGUACACACAGCUGGGCCUCAACGACACUAAGGACCGGGGGGACAACAACGGCGACGUCGGCAACCUCCUCCCCGAGGUCGCCCUCGGCACGGACCUCCAGGCCGUCGACGUUACCGCCGGUCUCCGGCACACGGCCGCCAUCAUGAACGACGGGACUGUCAGGGGCUGGGGCUACAACGAGAAGGGGCAGCUCGGCGUGGGCACGACGGCCCACGUCGGCGACGGGGCGGAAGAGAUGGGCGACUUCAUGGCGGUUACGGAGCUCGGGGAUGUGUCUCCGGUGACCAUCUCCGCCGGGGGCUGGCACACGUGUGUCAUCGUCGACGGCGACCUUAUCAAGUGCUGGGGCUAUAACCAGUGGGGUGAGCUCGGCUUGGGAGACCAAGAGGACCGUGGAGAUGAACCGGAUGAAAUGGGCGACAACUUGGACUUUGUCGAUAUCGGAUCGAACGCUCGGGUUCUUGCUCUGGCGCUCGGCGACUGGCACUCGUGCGCUCUUCUUGACGAGGGCGACGUGAAGUGCUUCGGGAAGAACUACGCGGGACAACUGGGUCUCGACGACACGGAAAACCGUGGGGACGAUCCGGGAGAGAUGGGUGACGACUUGGACACGGUGAACCUUAACGGCAAGAAGGCGACAGCCAUUGCCGCUGGCGAAGAGCACACGUGCGCCAUUCUAGAGGGUGGCGAUCUGAUUUGCUGGGGCUUGGGGUCGUCCGGUCAGCUCGGGCAAGGGAACGCCAUGAACGUCGGCGAUGGCGAAGGCAACGACGUGUCGUCCCUGGACCCCAUCGAUCUCGGCACCGGCCGCACGGCCAUCGAGGUAACAGCGGGAGGAAACCACACCUGCGCCCUCCUGGACAACUACGACGUCAAGUGCUGGGGUGAAAACGACUAUGGGGAACUCGGCCAGGAGGACACUUUCUCGAGGGGGCUGGCUCCCAACCAGAUGGGGGACAACCUGGAGGCAAUCUCGCUGCCCACCGGCUGGACGCUGCACUCUCUGUCCGCGGGCUACUACCACACGUGCGCGCUUGUGUCGGAGGUCGGCUCGGUGGACAGCGUCGUGUGUUGGGGGGCCAACUUCAACGGACAGAUCGGCCUGGGCAUCAGCGAGACCGAGCACAUCGGGGACGAGGAGGGCGAGAUGGGCGAGAACCUACAAAUGGCCAACCUCGGAGGCGAGUUUGUGGCAGAGCCGGGGGACGAGUGGUACGAGAAGCAGUGGUUCUACAUCGCGUGCGGAUGCGCGGGCGCCGUGCUCCUGUGCUGCCUCUGCGUGCUCUGCCGGCAGGCGCAUGGCGACACCAGUGGGAGGGGUCCCGUCAAGACUCACGCUGUCGCAAAACCCCGCACCGGAGAGACCCCGGCAGACGGAAGAUCCCCAGUCCCCGGCUACAAGAAAUCCCCACUGCCGGGCAGCGAGGAGACGCCGAACGGGUCCGCGGGAAGCGGCCCGAACUCCCUCGCCGCCGCCACCGUCGCCACCGCCCCCCCCGCCACCGUCCCCGCCGCUACUGCUGCUGUCGGGGCCAAGACGAGGACGAAGGCGUCCCCGCCGCCGUACAACGCGCCCAAGUCUGGCAAGCCUGGGAAGGCCGGGAGAUCUGGGGGCAUGAUCGGGCCGAAACCGAGCUCGACGCCCGCCGCGUUCGGGGUUGAGGCUGGGGGGGGGGGGCUGCGGGUGGGAAACGGGAGGAGGGGUAUGUAUCUUGAUAUGGUCUCGUCAUGGGUGUAA